AUGAGGGUCCUCAUCGUCGGAGGCAGCGGGUAUCUCGGUCAAUUUCUGCUGAAGUAUCUUCUCGAGCGUCCCGAAGAUGAGGUGAUCGCGGUUGGGUACACAUACGCGGACGAGAACGCCGGUCCUAUCGACCACCCUCUUACCAAAAUCGACAGGUGCCGAGCCUUUCGGGUAGACGCUGCGACCGGGGAGGGUAUGGACGCUUGCGUGCGUGCGAUGGCGCCGCUUGAUCUAGUGGUUAACUGUGCUGCCAUGUCUAGCCCUGGAAAGUGCGAAAAGGAAGCCGAGCUGGCGAUGAACCUGAACGUCCCGACGCACCUGUGCAGGACGCUGUUAGAACAUAACCAAAAAAGUGAAGCGAUCGCGCCACUUCUGGUGCACCUGUCGACGGACCAGGUGUACGACGGUGAAUCUCCCAACAGCGUCGAGGAUGUCAACGCUCCGUCACCAGUAAACACGUACGGUCGGAGUAAGCUCAACGCGGAGUUACACAUCGCUGAGAAUUACGUCGCAGGGCGGCACGUCUCGCUGAGGAGCUCGAUCAUUACGGGAUCACAACCCCCUCUUCGUCCGGUGUCCAGGCCGUUGUUUCACGAUUUCAUCGUGAAUUCACUAAAGGGGGAUGAGGCCGUGACGUUCUUCGAGGACGAGUAUAGGUGUCCCAUCGCUGCGGUGGACAUCGUCGCGCACAUCGUGGCGCUGAGUAAACUGGCGGGUAAGGAUGCGAAGACCGAUUGGCUCAUGCGGUAUAAUAUGGGCGGUCCGGACCGGUUGAGCCGCGUGGACAUGGCGAGACAAACUGCGGAGGUCCUCGGCGUGAGCGACGCCAACGUGGAGGCUGUGUCGAGCGCUAGCGUUGACAGGGGUGUGAUAUCUCCCGCCGACAUCUCGAUGUUGAGCAACAAGCUUAACUCGCUUACUUUGGUAUCGCCGAUGGGAUGGAAGGACCAGAUGCGGCUUGCCCUCGGGAUGGCUAAGAUGUAG